AUGAACAAACGGUUAGAUGAAACAUUCGAUUAUGAAGCAUCUGGUGAAUAUUUUGAAGUGACAGUUAACAACUAUGAGGUCGAUAAUAUAAGUGAAACAACAACUAAAAAGUCAUCAUCAUCGACAAACGAAGAAGCAUCUUCUGAUGAUGGCGUAACUUGCAGCCAAACAAACAUUACAGACAUUCUAGCUGGAUAUGAUCUUGAGAAUCACGUGCUUGUCAUAUUUAAAGUUAAUGUCACAUCGAACGAACGUGAACUCGUCUUAUUUCUGAAUCUCGCGAAACGAUUUGCUGAAGCGCCUUCGAUUUUCCUCGAUCAAAAAUUCAUUGUAAUCACGUCGGAUCAUUCGAGUGAUAUCGUUUUGGAUUUUAUUGAGAAGGAAGACUUUCCAUCGGAUAUUGUGGUGAUUGAUGAAGAUGAUUUUAGCGAUUUCGGCUUCGUAAUAGACCUCGAUGAAUUGCAUGCUUAUGUCGUGGAUCAAUGCGGCAAAUUGACUUUUAUAGUUGUGCCGCCAUGGAGCUCAGCACAGCAUCCUUAUGUGAAAGCUGCGACUAUAUCGACGAUUAUCGAUUUGCCAUGCGCCUGUCCUUCAGAGCUGCUUGCUUCAAACAUCAUUGAACAGUUGUCAGGGGAAGUAAAAACAGAAGCGGAUCGAGAUUUUAAUGUUGAGUCUAAAAGCACAAUUGAAGAUGAUUCCACGAUUGCUGAUACAUCAUCAUUAAUGAACAUUCCUGUCAUCGAUAUCGACACAGAUGAAGUUGAAAAUAUCGAAGACUUGCUUGAUAAUUCCAAUAACAUAAAUCAUUCACAUCGUGAAUCAUCUGACUUUGACCUUCCAUUGAGAAUCAUAAUUCCGUCUGUACAUAUGCAUUUCGAUAACGAAACGCAAAACUACUGGAAAUAUGAACACAUUGUAAUGAAAACUGAUAAUUAUUCUUAUCACGACCAUCUACAAAACGGAGAACGACUUUUAAAAAUGCCGGAUGAAAGUUGGAAGCUUGAGAACAUUACAAACACUGACUUAGGCAUUUUUGUAGGAAAUCGAUCGUUUAAUGAUAUUCUUAGAAUUGCCAAAUCAAAACAAAUAUUUUUCGAUCGUUUAGGAAAAUCUUAUAGGAUUGAAAAGGAACACACAACAGGAGGGAAAUUCUUCGAAUUACUUCCAAUCGAUUUCGACGUAAUGAAACUCCCACCAGUUCGAGCAAUUUACGGCGUACGGCAUCAUUACGAGCAGAGAAAUUGA